UGCCCGAAGAAAGCCGAGCAAACCCGGAAGCGAGCGAAGGCAGCUUCGCGUGUGGGGAGCGGUGUGCCGCAUCUGCAGUGUCCCCCUGGUCUCGCGAUUUCUACGCGUAGCUUUUUAAGUGUCCGUUUACACAUUUAAAGUACAGUUUCCUGUCGCCAUGUCUACUUUGUGCUACAACAAGGGCUGCGGGCAGCGGUUCGACCUGGAAAACAACCCGGACGACGCCUGCACGUUCCACCCCGGCGUCCCGGUGUUCCACGAUGCAUUAAAGGGAUGGUCUUGCUGCAAGAGACGAACCACCGACUUUUCAGACUUCCUCAGCAUUGCGGGCUGCACGAAAGGUCCCCAUAACAAAGAGAAGCCCGCCGAGCCAGUGAAGCCUGACGUGACCUCGUCGGGACAGAAGAAAGACAGCGACGAGCAGAAGCCCAAAUUUAACGAGUACAUCAUCUCCGCGCCGAAGCCCCAGGAAGCCAUUUGCAGACCCAGUGCCGACGAGCCCGUGGUGAGGUUGCAGCACAAAGUGUCGUCGUCUCUCAAGCAAGCUCUGGAGAAGCUCAAGCUGACAGACAACUCACACGCACUCAAACAAGAGGACGACAGCGAUGAGGUCAAAAUCGGGACGUUCUGCAAAAACGGAGGAUGCACAAAAAGCUACGAUGGCCCCUCCAGUGACUCAGACGUGUGCUUCUUCCACGCUGGAUUUCCCAUCUUCCACGAAGGGAUGAAGUACUGGAGCUGCUGCAAGAAGAAAACGUCAGACUUCAACUCUUUCCUCUCUCAGGUGGGCUGUACCAAGGGCCAGCACCUGUGGAGGAAAAAGGAUGAGGGCAAGAAGGUGGUCCCGUGUCGAUUCGACUGGCACCAGACGGGCUCGCAGGUCAUCAUCUCCAUCUACGCCAAGAACACCGUGCCCGAGCUGAGCUUUGUGGACGCCAACAGCACCACGCUGCACGUCCAUGUCGUCUUCGAGGGGGAGAAGGAGUUUGAGCAGAAGAUCAACCUGUGGGGAGUGAUCGACGUGAGCCAGAGCGCCGUCAACAUGAUGGCGGCCAAGAUCGAGGUGGCCAUGAGGAAGUCAGAGGCCAUGUCGUGGGCUCGCCUGGAUCUCCCACCGCCCGUGGCUCUACCCACGCGGGAAAACGAGAAAAAAAAAGACGACAACAGCGACAGUGACGGGGAGGAGAACGAAUGAUACGAAGGGAGGCAGCUGGAACUUCUGCAGGAAUAUUCCACUAUUUCUGAACUUAUAUAGCCGCAAAAUGCCUGGUGUACCGUCAUAAUGCUGGAUGACCACAUUUCCACUUGACCCUCAGCCAACCUUGGUUUUUUUUUUUUUUUUUUUUUUUACCUCUCAUUCCAGUCCAGAUUUCAAUCCUCAUUAAGGAGGAGUCAGUCUUGGUUUAACCCGAAUAAAGUGUUGAAGUGAAAAUGUCGUUUUUGCACUUGAAAAUAUGUUGGAUUCAGUGAGUUUUUAUGUAACUCUUUCGUCUGGGUGGAAGUAAAGAUAAACACACAAAAUGACUGUUUUCGUGAAAUGAUCCCCCCCCCCCUGAAAAUUG